GCUAAUAUACAGAGAGAGGCACUGCCCGGAGGAGAACGAGUUGCUGAAGUGCAGGAUUCCGGCGCCGUUUGGUUACAAGAUUCCGGUGCGGUGGCCGGAGAGCCGUGACUCGGUGUGGUACGCCAACGUCCCACAUAAGCACUUGACGGUCGAGAAGGCCGGCCAGAAUUGGGUGCGGUUCAAGGAGGACCGGUUCAUCUUCCCCGGUGGUGGGACCAUGUUUCCACGUGGAGCUGACUCAUACAUUGAUGACAUCGGCCACCUCAUCAACCUCAAAGAUGGGUCCAUCCGGACGGCCAUAGACACCGGCUGUGGGGUUGCUAGUUGGGGAGCCUACUUACUGUCCAGAGACAUACUGCCUUUAUCAUUUGCACCUAAAGACACACAUGAAGCUCAAGUGCAGUUUGCCUUAGAGAGGGGCAUUCCUGCAACCAUUGGUCUCUUAGCUUCCAAGCGGCUGCCCUAUCCUUCCCGAGCUUUCGACAUGGCUCAUUGUUCACGAUGUCUCAUUCCUUGGGGCCAAUAUGAUGGGCUUUACUUGAUCGAGGUAGAUCGAGUUUUACGGCCGGGUGGGUAUUGGAUUCUCUCGGGGCCGCCUAUUAACUGGCAAACACACUGGAGAGGGUGGAACAGGACAAGGGCUGAUUUGAAGGAAGAGCAAGAUCAAAUUGAGAGUAUUGCAAAAAGUUUGUGCUGGAAAAAAGUAGUUCAGAAAGGAGAUCUUUCCAUUUGGCAGAAACCUACUAAUCAUGUGCACUGCAAAGUCACUAGGAAGGUCUUUAAGAAACCACUCUUCUGCCAGGGACAAGAUCCUGAUAGUGCAUGGUACACCAAGAUGGAAGCUUGUUUGAGUCCCCUGCCUGAAGUGUCCAAUAUUAAAGAAAUUGCGGGUGGGGACUUAGCUAAAUGGCCUGAAAGAUUAACUGCAACACCUCCAAGGAUCAGUAGCGGAAGCGUUGAAGGAAUAACUGGAGAAACAUUAAACAAAGAUACACUGCUAUGGAAGAAGAGAGUAGACCAUUACAAGGGUGUGGAUUUUCAGUUGGCAGAGCAGGGUAGGUACCGAAAUGUCCUCGAUAUGAAUGCUAAGUUGGGAGGAUUUGCUGCUGCACUUAUCGAUGAUCCGGUGUGGGUGAUGAACGUUGUCCCCGUUGAGGCUAAAGUGAAUACUCUUGGCGUUAUAUUUGAACGGGGUCUGAUCGGGACUUACCACAAUUGGUGUGAAGCCAUGUCAACUUAUCCAAGAACAUAUGACUUCAUUCAUGCGGAUGGCAUUUUCUCUCUUUACAAAGACAGAUGCGAGAUUGAAAAUAUUUUGUUGGAGAUGGAUAGGAUAUUGCGGCCCCAAGGAAGUGUUAUCAUCCGAGAUGACGUGGAUGUAAUGGUGAGCGUUAAAAGCAUAGCUGAUGGGCUUCAAUGGGAAAACCAAAUGGCCGAUCAUGAAGACAGUCCUCAUGUGAGGGAGAAGAUUCUGAUUGCAACCAAACAAUAUUGGACAGCCCCUUCUUCUUCAGACAAUUACGAACCAGAGUCAAAUGCAAGUUCAUAGUCUCCCGAGAUAUCAUUUCACUAUUUUUUUUGUUCAUAAUUUUUGAUAUUUUUUACUUUUAAUUGACCAAUGGGUUUCAGCUUCAUAAUCAAUUGUGUUAUUUUUGUCAAUUUUACAAGCUGUAAGUUAUUCAUUUCCUUUUGCAAGAGUAUUCAUUAGAAUAAAAUCUGUAAAAACUUAUCCAAAAUGUGACUGCAUGGUUACUUAAGUAAGAUUUUAAGACUUCAACAUUUUUAUUCUUAAAAUAUCUAUUUAAGGUGAUUUCACUUAGAUUUG